AUGGAAGGCCAAGGACUAGGGAUGGAUAUCAGUGACUUGGGUUUAGUUCCUGGCGUCCGUGUGCCACCGAAGUUCAAAGUACCUGACUUCGAGAAAUACAAGGGGAAUACUUGUCCUAAGACACAUGUCCGAGCUUACUAUCGCAAAAUGCAUGUGUAUUCCGAGGACGAAGGACUGUUGAUGCACUUCUUCCUGGAUAGCCUGACUGGGGCAUCCCUGGAGUGGUACAUGAGAUUGGAAAGAGCUAAUAUCCGAAGUUGGAGAGACCUAGUUGAGGCCUACAUAAAGCAGUAUCAGUAUAAUGUGUACAUGGCACCAAAUCACACUCAGUUACAGAAUCUAGCUCAGAAAUCUAAUGAAUCCUUCAAAGAAUAUGCGCAGAAAUGGCGUGAGUUGGCGGCUAGAGUCCAACCACCCAUGCUGGAAAGAGAGAUCAUGGACAUGUUCACCAACACUCUGGAGGGCCAAUAUUACUCUGCUUGUUCAGCAUCCUCGAGCUUCGCCGAUUUGGUUAUGAUCGGUGAACAUAUUGAAAGUGGAAUUAAGGCUGGUAGAAUACAAAAUCCAAGUGCUGCUAGUUCUUCCUCAGGGGCAGGGGGAAAGAAGCCAUACAAUGGAUUCUCCAAGAAAAGAGAGGGUGAGACAAGUUCUGCUUACUAUGGAAAAGGAAAAAUCCAGGCUUAUCAACAAGUAGACAUUGUGACUAUACUGAAUGCUCCUCUUCAACGUCAGCAACAACAACAGAGGUAUCCUCCUCGUCAGUAUCAGCAAAAGCCGAGACCACCAAGAAAUUUCGACCCGAUGCCUAUGACGUAUGCACAACUAUUUGCUUAUCUUUUGCAUCUUGAGUUGGUGCAGCUUCGUACCAUGGGUCCUCCACCUGCUAAGCUCCCUCCUAACUAUGAUGCGAACGCUCAGUGUGAGUUUCAUUCUGGGGCUGCUGGCCACGAUAUUAAACAUUACAUAGGAUUCAUGCAUAAAGUACAAGGACUUCUCGACUCUAAGGCCAUCGAGUUUACUCCCACUCAAGGACCUAAUGUUGUUCAGAAUCCUAUGCCUCCCCAUGGAGCUCAUGCGGCAAAUGCCAUUGAGGUUGUUGAAGAUGCUCGCUUGGUCAAGGAUGUGAUCGAAUUGGGCUCUCUAUUGCCAUUAUUGAAGGAGGAAUUAUUGAGGAUGGGUCUAUACUAUAGUUAUGGAGAAUUCUGUACUGAUUGCAUGGCCAUUUCCUCAGUCUGUGAUAAGGUGAAAAAUGGGGUUCAACAGUUGAUAGAUAGUGGGUAUCUAUAG